CAAUCCUGAGCAUAACAGCCUGAGUAUACAGGGAGAGCAAGAGAGACAGGCAUUGGAAAAGAGAAAGAUGAAACGAUAUGGGGAACGGUGGUAACAGACAGAGAAGAGAAGAGAGCGCGCGCAAUUUCAAGGUUGCUGUACCUGUCUUCUCUCCGAGUUCAAGACGUGGCAACUACAGGAACAUGGUGAAAAAGCUUUAGAGACAGAGAUGAUAAAUAGAAAGAAAGAGACGGGAAAUUUAUCCUUGUGCUCAGCGGGGCAGCUUAACGUAAGCCAGAGAGAUAGAAGCCAAGCGAGUUAGAAGGUAUUACGGACAGUCAGUUUCAGCCAUCUUUGAAAACUCUUGCGGCCACCUGCAACGUCCUGGGAAGACCACUAGCAUCUCCCGUUGGCAUGGGCCCAGUCCAGCAUAUGAAGACACGACUAUGGUGGAUGGAAGGAGGUAAGAAGAAGAAGAACAUGACGGGAAGAACUUGUGGCGCUGCGGUGCUUUCGCUGCUCUGAUGUUGUUGAAACGGGGGCCCCUUUGAGUUGAAGAGGGUUGCAGAAGCAUAGUGAAGUUAACUCGAGGGGUUUUGGUGUUGUGUCUAAUGGGAAAUGAUUGAACUCAUGGUUAAGAAAAGUUAUGUUUAGUGCAGUGUAACCGAAAGUGGACUUUAUGCAGUGUGUGUACAUGUUUCACGCUACAAGAACGUGUAUAUACUCAGGAUAUUUGUAUACAUAAAGUGGCAAGUGUGCGGUAAGAAUUGUGUAGUGAAUGAAAACAGGUUAGCGCUUGUGAAUGGAGAGGUGAUUUUAAAUAUAUCCAACCAGUUGUUACGAUCUUAUAAUUUUAUAUAUAUAUAUAUAUUUUUUUUAGGGAUUGUCUGAACAAAUGUCAGAAUUGUGAAUGGUUUCCUAAAAGAGAGAAAGUUAAAAGAAAUGUUUACAAGUUCCAUUACAAGCAGUGCUUAUUCCGUUUAUGAAACGCUGAAGCUGUCAGUUCAAACACAAAUGUAAUAUGGUGUAGGGUAAAGACAAAAAGUGCCGUUUGUUUCAUUUUUCGUUUCAUUCCUUUAGUGGAAAAACUGAAAUUAUUUCAAGGUCUAAAAAUUGUAUUUAUUUUGGCACAAAAUAUGCUGAUUUCUAGAUAAGAUACAAGAAUAACAAUAUUUUAGUAGUUUCGUGAUAGAUACAGAAUUUUGGAAAACAUUUGUGUCAAAUUUAUUGAAAAUACCGCAAAAAUAUGAUGCACGUGUGACCAAACUCAUGAGUGUCCAUAAUGCUGGCAGAUACAAGAAUCGUGUAGAUAGAUCUAUUUGCUAGCAGAAACAGUUGUAACAUGGAUGGUGAACAUUGCCCAGAGAGUCCCACCGAUUCUCAGACGUCAUGUGAUCAGAUCCCCGUGGGAGACAUCAUUGGUGGCAACGAUGUAAUUGUUAACAAUGGCAACAACAACAAUCACAAAAGGAAAACAUCACCACUCAAUCACGAGGACACGGAUGGAGAUGCUUUGUCGCCCAGGAAACAGAUGCAUCACGGGAAUAACACGAACAACAAUGACGUAGCGUUUGUCUUGAUUGAUGAUGAUGGUGGGGGUGCCGGCGAUGACCUGGGGUCAGACGAUGUCGUGGAUUCUGAUGAUGUGCAAAAUUUGACCGAGGACCGGUUGACGGGUCACGGAGCCAUCGCCUCGAUUGGUUCCGUGUCGGCUGGAACGGGUGGCUCUUCGCCCUUCAGCACCGCCUCUCACCACCAUCAUCAUCAUCGCACCAACGCCGGCACCGGCGGUGGUGCUGGCAACACCGGAGGAAUGACCCCCACAUCGCACCACCACUCGGUGUCCGCCACCGACUUCCAGCCGCCAUAUUUCCCACCGCCAUUCCCACCCCCACCGCCAAGUCACCACCAUCACCAAGCGACGUCACCAGCCGCGGCUCAGAGUCACCAUCAGCUAGACUACCUCAACUCGGUGACCGCUGUCACAGACCCUUACUCACAGACGCUCAACUCUCUACACCAGACGGCGCAGGCAGCAGCCGCGGCGCAUCAUUACAACCAGCUCACAGCAGCGGCGGUGUCGGCGGGGCAGAGAACGACGACGACCCACGAUGUCCUCCGCAGGGACACCGACGCCCUCCACGUGACGAACAUGCACGCCUCAUUCCCAUACGAGUCGAACAGAGGCAGGGAGUAUGGAGGGGUACGGCGUCCUGAUGUCCUUAUACAAUCUCACCCUGGGCUGGACCCCCAGGAUCCCUUGGNUGGCACCAAAGAACUCCAGUGA